AUGGGAUGUCGUGUCACAGGCAUCGAACCGUUGAGCAAAGCGGCAGAUAAGAAGUGGAAGCACAGAGUGAAUUACACAGACAAGCAUAAUGGGAACGAACAGCAAACCUUCGACUGUUCACACAUCGCAAUCUGUACUGGAUUGCAUGUGGAACCGAACAUUCCUAAUCUUCCCGGUAUCGAAAAUAUCAAGGGUGAAGUCUUUCACUCUUCCAGCUACAAGAAGCGUGCACAGCUUACUGGUCGGGAUGUGUUGAUCAUGGGAUGCGGAGAGACAGCAAUGGACAUCGCCUACGAAGCCAUCAAAUCAGACGCCAAGUCAGUGACCAUGUGCUUCAGGACCGGCUUCCUGUCCUUCCCCAAAGCCCUCUCCCGCUUCAAAGUCUUCGGCAAACAAUUCAAAGGCGGCCUCCCCAUCGACGGCCUCAUCACCAACCUCUUCGAAACAGCCUAUGUCCACCGCGCCAUAGCCGCCAGUCGCUUCCGCUGGUUCGUCUCCGACUUCGUCAUCAAGCGCGUCCUCUGGUUCCUCACCGGCACUCAAGCGGGCAUGAACCAACACGUCGGCGCCCUCCCCCACGACCGCCUCGGCCGCGCCUUCGUCUUCCUCAACAAGAGCAGCAAAGCCAUGCCCUAUCUCAACCGCCCCUACCAAGAAAAGCACCCCUUAGGCUUCCUGGGGAACGGCUACGUCGACCCGCCCGAAGACGCGCAGUCUAAGCGCUGGGUCGACACCUGCUCUUUCCCCUCGCACAUCGACGCCAUAGGCCGCGUGCUCUUCGAACCUCGCCCGGACCGCAAAGACUGGCGGCGUCUCAAGGACGCGGAGAUCAGACCGGAUUGCGUGGUUUAUUGCACGGGCUACAAGCAAUCUUUCUCCUGGCUCGACCCCUCGUAUCCGACUGCGUCCGACGCUUCGAUCCGCAACAUCGUCGCGCCGGAGGAGACGAGCAUUGCGUUCAUCGGCUUCGUGAGGCCAGGCGUUGGCGCUAUACCGCCUAUCGCUGAGCAGCAGGCGAUGUGGUGGACGGCGCUGAUUACGGGGCGCAUGGCGCUGCCAACGGAUCCGCCGCAUUAUCAUCUCCUGGCCAAGUCGUCGAGUCGUAUCCAGUAUGGCGUCGAUCACAGCGCGUAUAUGAGCACGCUUGCGAAGGAUUUUGGCGGCGCGCCGGGGCUGGUUGAGUUGUGGAAAGUCCAUGGCUUCAAGGUGUUGUUGGUGUAUUGCUUUGGAGCGAGCUUUGUUACGUUUUAUAGAUUGCUGGGCCCGUUUAGAUGUAAGGAGGCGCCGGGAAUUGCAAGGACGGAGUUGGCAGAGACGAUUUUGAGGAGGGGCGUAUUGGGGAAUGUGUUCUUUGGCGUAAGUACUUCUAUGCAUUGA